AUGACUCCUCUGUUCAGCACCUUGCUAUUUUCACUGCCGCUCCUUCUAACUGUCAGCAUUCAGGAACUGACUGAAGCUUGCAGCUGUGCCGCUGCUCAUCCACAGCAGCAAAUCUGUCAUUCUGCCUUAGUGAUUCGUGCAAAAAUUUGCAGUGAAAAAGUGAUUGAGGAUUCAGUUCAUACUCACAGAAUGAUCCGGUAUGAAAUCAAACAAAUAAAGAUGUUUAAAGGUUUUGAAAAGGUGAAAGAUGUUCAGUAUGCUUUUACACCUUUUGAUUCAGCUGCCUGCGGGGUAAAAUUAGAAGCCAACAAGAAGAAACAGUAUCUCCUUACAGGUCAAAUUUCAGAUGAUGGAAGAUUUCUUAUUUAUUUAUGCAGUUUUAUUAAACCAUGGGAUGACCUUACCUUAUCUCAAAAGAUAAAUCUAAAUCAGAGAUAUGAAAUGGGCUGUGACUGUAAAAUUUCUGCCUGCUAUACAGUACCCUGUCGCACCACUACACCCAGUGAAUGCCUAUGGACUGAUUGGCUGACAGAGAAGAAGGCCUAUGGACAUCAAGCAAAGUAUUAUGCCUGUAUCAAACGCAGUGAUGGAACCUGCAGUUGGUAUCGUGGUGGUCCUCCUGUAGAGAAAGAGUUUGCUGAUAGCACUGAACCAUAAAUGAUAUAAUUUGGGGCGGGGGAACCUGACCAGUUAAAUCUGUCCCAUGUUGCCUGCUUAAUGCUCCUUUGAACUUCCAGCAAUUGUCUCUUGCUUAGAAACAAAAGCAAACUGUGCAGUGCACAUAAAGCACAGAACAUGUAGAACUGGCAUCCAGACAAAUAUAGAAAUGUUGUUUCUGGUAGUAGCUGCUUUCUACAGUUAUUUCUGUAAAUUUAUGUGGAAACAUUCCUGUUUUCUAAGAAAGAACAUUUAUUUUUAAAAAAGCAAGGUUUAUUCAAAUUGUAAUUUCUAUUCGUGUUA